AUGGAGUGUCAAAAAUGUAAAAAGAAUUUAGCUAAAAGAGGAUCUCACUUCAUUUGCCAAGGACCGUGUCAAGGAACUUUUCAUGGAGGUUGUGUUAAGGGUCUUACGGCGGACAUAAAAAAUGGGAGGAAUCGGAUCUAUUGUAAUAACUGUGAAGACGAUGGAUCUGAAGAAGAAGAACAAGAGGAAUACUCACAGGACUUCACUAAAAUUCUUAAGGACAUACAGCUAAAAGUGGUUGCCAUUCCCGGGUUCAAAAAACAACUUGAUUCCAUUACGCAAAGUUUGAGUAUGCUUUCCGAUAAGUAUGAUAUAUUGAUCGUAGAACAUGAACAAUCAAAAGAUAAAAUACAUAAGCUUGAGAAAACUAUCGCCGAUGUCUAUGUCAUCUCGUAA